AUAUAAGAUGCAACGGUGUUCUGGUCGGCAAAGAUCAUAGAUAGACCAAAGCAGCUCAACAAAUGUGCAGAGAAGAGAGAUGUCUCAUGUAGCAACCAGCAAGCUCUACCUGUCACCCCUGCUUCUCUUAAUCCGCUUUUAUUUCCUGACCCAACUUCCCUAUUCCUUUUCCACAUCAACUUCAGCCCAUAAUGAAACAGAAGCUGAUCAGCAAGCCCUCCUCUGCCUCAAGUCCCAACUCCAUGACCCUUCGGGAGCAUUAGCCUCAUGGCGAAAUAUGUCGUCUUCCACACACUGCGAUUGGCGUGGGGUGACAUGCAGCACACACAAUGCAUCUCUUGUCAUAGCACUAAACCUUGAAUCAGUAAAUAUUGUUGGCCAAAUAUUUCCUUGCAUUGCUGACCUCACUUUCCUCACUAGGAUCCACAUGCCCAACAAUCAACUUGGCGGCCAAAUUUCUCCUAUGAUCAGCCGCUUAACCCGGCUAAGAUACCUCAACCUCAGCAUGAAUUCACUUCAUGGUGAGAUACCAGAGACAAUAUCCUCAUGCUCCCAUCUCGAGAUCGUCGACCUAUAUAGCAACUCUCUCGAAGGUGAGAUCCCUACAGGUCUUGCUCAGUGUUCAUCCCUUAAGCAAAUUAUCCUGAGCAGUAAUAAUAUUGAAGGAAGUAUCCCAUCGCAGUUCAGUUCACUUGCCAACCUUUCUGCACUAUUCAUAAAUAGCAAUAAGCUCACUGGUACCAUUCCUCAACUUUUGGGGAGUACCAAGCGUCUCACAUGGGUGAGUCUACGGAAUAAUAGUCUCCGUGGAGGAAUACCCCCUGCUCUAUUCCAUAGCACAUCCCUGUCUUACAUAGACCUCUCAUAUAAUUACCUUUCUGGGUCCAUUCCUUCUAUCCCACAGAUAUCCUCACCACUGGAAUACCUUAUGUUAACCCAAAACAACCUCUCAGGAGAGAUUCCUACCUCGAUUGGCAACCUUUCCUCCCUAUCUAUGCUCUUGAUUGCUCAGAACAAGUUACAAGGAAGAAUUCCAGAGAGCAUAAGUAAAAUUGCCAAGUUGCAAAGAUUAGACCUGAGUUAUAAUAACUUGGCGGGCAUUGUUCCAGCAGCACUUUAUACAAUCUCUUCUCUUACUUAUCUUGGUCUUGGUGCCAACAAAUUCGGUGGCCAACUUCCCACCAAUAUCGGCAAUGCCCUUCCAAACAUCAAAAAAUUGAUACUGGAAGGGAACCAAUUCGAAGGGCCAAUUCCUCCUUCACUGGCUAAUGCUUCAAACCUCCAGGUUCUAAAUCUUCGUAGCAACUCAUUUAGUGGUGUCAUUCCAUCACUGGGAUCUCUGUCCAUGUUGAGUUACCUAGAUCUCGGUGCAAACAGGCUUAUGGCUGGAGACUGGAGCUUCUUGUCCUCUCUAACAAACUGCACCCUGUUACAAAAAUUAUGGUUGGAUAGAAACAUCCUCCAAGGAAUAAUGCCAACUUCUGUUACCAAUCUUUCAAAAACCUUGGAGGUAUUGAUCCUCAUAGAUAACCAGUUGAGUGGUAGUAUACCUCUGGAGUUAGGAAAACUAACAAGCCUCACUGUCCUUGAAAUGGAUAUGAAUUUCUUUUCCGGGCAUAUUCCUGAGACAUUAGGAAAUCUUCGGAACUUGUCCAUCCUAGGCUUAUCCCGCAAUAACCUUUCUGGAGAAAUCCCAACAUCAAUUGGACAACUGAAGAAGCUCACUAAAAUUUAUUUUGAGGAAAAUGAAUUGACUGGAAACAUACCUACAAGUUUAGCAAGUUGCAAAUCCUUAGUGAGACUAAACCUUUCUAGCAAUAACUUCAAUGGAAGCAUCCCAGCUGAGCUCUUUUCCAUUUUGACACUUUCUGAAGCUCUAGACUUAUCCUAUAACCAAAUCACUGGGCACAUACCAUUGGAGAUUGGCCGAUUAAAUAAUCUAAAUUCACUUAACAUUUCCAACAACCAAUUAUCAGGUGAGAUUCCCUCCUCAAUUGGCCAGUGCCUCGUUCUGGAGUCUCUCCACUUGGAGGCAAAUGUUUUACAAGGAAGCAUCCCAGGAUCUCUCAUCAACUUAAGAGGCAUCAAUAUGAUGGAUCUUUCGCAAAACAACAUCUCUGGUACAAUACCACAAUUUUUCACGUCUUUGAGCUCUUUACAAAUUCUCAAUAUAUCGUUCAAUGAUCUUGAGGGACAGAUCCCUGAAGGUGGCAUCUUUGCCAAUUCAAGUAUCGUAUUCAUCCAAGGAAACAACAAGUUGUGUGCCAGUUCUCCUAUGCUACAAGUACCCCUUUGCGCAACAUCACCUUCAAAACGGAAGACAGGCUACACUGUGACUGUAGUGGUUCCACUUGCUACGAUUGUUCUUGUUACCUUGGCAUGUGUUGCUGCUAUUGCGCGAGCGAAGAGAAGUCAAGAAAAAAGACUCUUGAACCAACCAUUCAAGCAGUUCAAGAAUUUUUCAUACGAGGAUUUAUUUAAGGCAACAGGUGGUUUUCCUUCAACAAGUCUUGUCGGUUCAGGGGGCCUUGGAUUCGUAUACAGGGGUCAAAUCUUGUCAGAACCAUACACAAUUGCCAUUAAAGUGUUCAGACUUGACCAAUUUGGAGCACCAAAGAACUUCCGUGCUGAAUGUGAUGCAUUGCGAAGCAUUCGUCACCGAAAUCUUAUAAGGGUGAUUAGUUCAUGCUCAACCAUUGACACAAAAGGAGAUGAAUUCAAAGCACUUAUUCUCGAGUACAUGGAUAAUGGUAACCUUGACAGUUGGCUUCAUCCAAAAGGGUACAACCAUAGCCCAAAAACAGCAUUGAGUUUAGGGUCAAGAAUAACAAUAGCUGUGGACAUAGCUGCUGCAUUGGAGUAUCUUCAUAAUCAAUGCACUCCUCCUUUGGUUCAUUGUGAUCUGAAACCAAGCAAUGUCCUUUUGAAUGAUGAAAUGGUGGCAUGUCUUAGUGACUUUGGGCUUGCAAAGUUUCUUUACAGUGACUCUUCAACAACAUUUAGUGACUCAUCAAGCAUAGUAGGACCAAGAGGGUCAGUCGGAUACAUUGCACCAGAGUAUGGCAUGGGGUGCAAAAUCUCAGUUGAGUCUGAUGUGUAUAGCUAUGGAGUUAUUCUUCUAGAGAUGAUCACAGGAAAGCAUCCGACUGAUGAGAUGUUUAAGGAUAGUAUGAAUCUUCACAAGUUUGUGGAAGCAGCACUGCCACAAAAAAUUGGUGAUGUCUGCGAUCCCAGGCUCAACACAUAUGAUGAAUUUCAAGGAGAAAAUCAUGAAAUGGUCCAAGAACAACAUUUUGUUAUACAGCUGGCUCAAGUUGGUCUAAAGUGCUCUGAGGCAUCACCGAAGGAUCGACCGACAAUGGAGACUGUUUAUGCAGAACUUGUCACCACCAAAGAGAAGUAUCAGUGUUCACAUUUGACGAAAUAGAUAAACAUUGUUGUAACUCACUUCUACUACAGUAAUGGGGUUGCAAGAUGCAGCCUCUACAUGUCUUUGUUUUAGAACGAUCUUAUUAUCUUAUUUAACUUCCAACAGUAAUAAGAAAUUUGUAUUCGAUACAUUUUCUGUAAAGACUAAACGGGGGGCACAUGGAACUACGAAUAAAGGGUCCCUGUGAAAUAUAAGAUUAUCCUAUUCUAGUGCCA